CACCGCAAACCCCUCCUCCCUCCCCCUUCCAGAUCGCCGCCGCCGCCGCCUCCCCAUCAGCUCCACCGGCGAGCCCUUCCUCACCGCAUCACCACCCCCGCGCCCAUCCAUGGCAUCCCCCGCGCCCUUCCAUCAGCAUCCAUGGCCUCCCCCGCGCCCUUCCUCACCGCAUCGCCACCCCAACCCCCUCCCAUCCUCUCCCCGACGCUCCCCUCGCUCCGGGCCUUCAUCCUCUCCGGCCAGAUCAACCGGGCGCGGCCCCUACCUUAGGCAGGGAGGGCGGAUCGCCGCUGCGCGGGCGCACGGGAAGGGGCGGCGGUGGAAGCGCAUCCCCAAGAUCUAGCCCGUCAAGCACCGUGUCGAAGUCUCUCCUUCGAGGAGCUCUAUGUGCGGGUGUGCGGAGGCGCUCGUGAGGGCGGUGGUGGCCUUCUACGACGCCUUCCUCGUCGACUGCUUCGUCUUCUGGUUCCGCCGCCGCCGCCCCCGCCCCGGCCCCGACAGCCCCGCCUCCGCCCACCGGGAUCCGCUCGUGCCCAAGGACUGGACAGGGGAGGCGCUCCCGGCCUCGGAUGAAGAGAAAGGUUUUGCAGAGAGCACAUUGUCGAACCAGCAGUUGGCAGAUGGCGAUGACACAGAUGAGGAGCUUAGGCGAGAGGUCAUUGUUGUGAAGGCCGUCACGGGAAGGCGUGGGGGAUUUGGCACAAGGCCGAUGAUCGAGUCUAUGCUCUCUCCUCCAUGGAAAGACCUAUUUUCUCUGAUGAUUGUUUUGAAGUGGCAGACCAUGUGAACAACCUGGGCACCAUCGCGGGCUCGGGCACCAAGGAGUUCAGGGAGGUGCUGCAGGGCUGGGGCCGUGGCUGCGCCAACAGUUCUAUCCGGUGAUACUCGAUUAGGGCCCCAUGUGUUUGAACAACUAGUCAAGUAACAUGGGUCCCCACUGGUGGUACAGCGUCAAGUUUGGAAGCAGCUGGAGUGAAUGUGAGAAAAGUUGAACAGCUUACACAUUUUCCUGAAAUGCACCGCCGCGUCGACGUCGAAGGUGGUGACCGCGGCGGCAAGCGGCGCGAGUUGGUGGCUGCGGGACUGGACGGCACGGCUCAUAUAUGUGCUUCUGACUAAUCCAGCUUCUUUUGGUCUAGCUGGGCAUUACUUCGAGUUCAUAUAUGUGCUUGUCACUCCAUAGGUUAUAGUGAUUCCCUCUGUUUCCUUAUAUGUUCUUGUAGUUUGGUUGCUUUCCUAUUCAUGCAUGUUUGUACAGCUAUAUAUAGUUUUGCUGUGAAUCUGUCGUGCAUAUAUUGAAAUGCAGGAAAUGUUGAAUACAUGUUCACUCUCAGUUGGGAUAUUGAAUUGUACAUAGUUAUGUGAUUCAUGUCUGCUUCUUAUCUUAUUAAGUGAUUAUCUUUAUGUCCUUGCUACCAGUAGGAUGGUCAAUAGCUUGUUUUGUAGUUCUCUACUUUAUGCAAAUAGCUUCCUGUAGCAUGUUUCUACUAUCUGUGUGAUGCUGAACAAUAUGCUCUUAAUCUGUUGCUAUAUUCUCACCAAAUGCACAGUUUAUUUUCUUAGACCUACUGUUAAACAAAGUCUUAACUUGUAUCAUUUUUUCUUAAAAAUAAGCAUAGAAUUCCUGACUCUUAUGUUAUAUGAUCAGCUUACUCCUGCUUCAACAACUGUACUAAUUCCUGACUGUUGUAAGGAGUAAAAUAGUUUACUUGAGUGAUAUCCACUAGUUCACUAUCUUAGAGCACCUUUUUAGCAUUGUGGGCUGCUAAUAGUAUUUUAGACUUAUCAUAUCCUCUCUGGCACGAUGGCAGGAGCGCAUGAUAGACUACUAAAUGGAAAAGUAUCUGCAACGUUCAGCGUCAAAGAUGAUGCUUACCAGAUGUUCUACAGCAGCCCCAUCCAUAUCAUCGGCAUGAAGUUAGAUUUUGGCCUUCAUUCUCAAAAGUUUGUGUACAAGGAACUCCAGGAGAAUAAUCUUUAAGUAAAUAAUUUAUAUAGAUCAGGAUCUUAUGUUUUCGAGGUGGAUGCUGCUGUGACCAAAGAUCAGCCUGGAGAUGUGCAUCACAGUCUUAGUUGAUGUUGCCACCAUGUUUUGGUGCCUGUGUAUUUGAUUGUAUGUACACAUGUUAUACUGUAGAGCUUGAUGCUCAUCGACUCAUGUGACAUAUUGUACACCUGUAGAGCUUGUUAUACUGUGAUCGCAUUUGUAUGUGUUGAUGUAACAGAUUGUUGCUUCUGGUUAUUUGAAGUAUUACACCUGUUUUCUUUCUAUUUUAAUUUAAA